AUGGCCGAACCCAUCGAGCAGUGGUUCACCUCCAUCCCCCCAGUAACACGCACUUGGGUGCUCGCAGCAGUAGGCACAAGCCUCCUAGUGGAAUGCCGCGUCCUCGUACCACUCCAGCUUUACUUUUCUUGGAAGUCGGCAGUCCUCAACUAUCAACCAUGGCGGUUCGUCACGACAUUUUGUUAUUUCGGUCAACUCAACCUCGAUCUAGCAUUACACCUCUUCUUCGUGAUGAGAUACUCGCGUCUCCUUGAAGAAAACUCGUUCUCUAACCGGCGCGCAGACUUUGUCUGGCUCCUUUUCCUUGUCUCCUCCUUCCUCCUCGUCUUGUCCCAUUUCAUCACCAUGCCCUUCCUCGCGUCGUCCUUGGCAUUUUCUCUCGUGUACAUCUGGUCAAGGCGUAACCCCGCAGUCAAAAUGAGCUUGUUUGGCGUCAUUGUCAUCUCGGCACCAUACCUCCCCCUCUGCCUGGUUGCCUUUUCAUGGCUGCUCCAAGGCGGGUUUGAGGCUGCCAUGGGCGACAUUGUCGGCAUCCUCGCUGGCCACACGUAUCUCUUCUUCCAAGACUACUGGCCGCGCGAGAUGUGGUCUGAUGGCGAGGGCGAGAUCAAGACACCUGCUAUUGUGAAGCGCAUCUUUGGCCAACGCGAGCGUCAGGCAUGA